CAGGGUCGACAUGUUAAAACGGGUCAGUUGGCAGCCAUCAAAGUUAUGGAUGUCACUGAGGAUGAAGAGGAAGAAAUCAAACUGGAGAUAAACAUGCUGAAGAAAUAUUCUCAUCAUAGAAAUAUUGCGACAUAUUACGGUGCUUUCAUUAAGAAGAGCCCUCCAGGACAUGAUGACCAACUCUGGCUUGUUAUGGAGUUCUGUGGAGCUGGGUCCAUUACAGACCUGGUGAAGAACACCAAAGGGAACACACUCAAAGAAGACUGGAUUGCUUACAUCUCCAGAGAAAUCCUGAGGGGACUAGCACAUCUUCACAUUCAUCAUGUGAUUCACCGGGAUAUCAAAGGCCAGAACGUAUUGCUGACUGAGAAUGCAGAGGUGAAACUUGUUGAUUUUGGUGUGAGUGCACAGCUGGACAGGACAGUAGGGCGGAGAAAUACGUUUAUAGGCACUCCGUACUGGAUGGCUCCUGAGGUCAUUGCCUGUGACGAGAACCCAGACGCCACCUAUGACUACAGAAGUGACCUUUGGUCUUGUGGCAUUACCGCCAUUGAGAUGGCAGAAGGUGCUCCCCCUCUCUGUGACAUGCAUCCAAUGAGAGCACUGUUUCUCAUUCCCAGAAACCCUCCUCCCCGGCUGAAGUCAAAAAAAUGGUCAAAGAAGUUUUUUAGUUUUAUAGAAGGGUGCCUGGUGAAGAAUUAUAUGCAGCGGCCCUCCACAGAGCAGCUUUUGAAACAUCCUUUCAUAAGAGAUCAGCCAAACGAAAGGCAAGUUAGAAUCCAGCUUAAGGAUCAUAUAGACCGGACCAGGAAGAAGAGAGGAGAGAAAGAUGAAACUGAAUAUGAAUACAGUGGGAGUGAGGAAGAAGAGGAGGAAGUGCCUGAACAAGAAGGAGAGCCAAGUUCCAUUGUUAAUGUGCCUGGUGAGUCGACUCUUCGUCGGGAUUUCCUGAGACUACAGCAGGAGAACAAGGAACGUUCUGAGGCUCUUCGGAGACAGCAGUUACUGCAGGAGCAACAGCUCCGGGAGCAGGAAGAGUAUAAAAGGCAGCUGCUGGCAGAGAGACAGAAGCGGAUCGAGCAGCAGAAAGAACAGAGGCGGCGGCUGGAAGAGCAACAAAGGCGAGAGCGCGAAGCUAGAAGGCAGCAAGAACGUGAACAGCGGAGGAGAGAACAAGAAGAAAAGAGGCGUCUGGAAGAAUUGGAGAGGAGGCGUAAAGAAGAAGAAGAGAGGAGACGGGCAGAGGAAGAAAAGAGGAGAGUGGAAAGAGAACAGGAGUAUAUCAGGCGACAGCUAGAAGAGGAGCAGCGGCACUUGGAAGUCCUUCAGCAGCAGCUGCUCCAGGAGCAGGCCAUGUUACUGGAGUGCCGAUGGCGGGAGAUGGAGGAGCACCGGCAGGCAGAGAGGCUCCAGAGGCAGUUGCAACAAGAACAAGCAUAUCUCCUGUCUCUACAGCAUGACCACAGGAGGCCGCACCCGCAGCACCCACAGCAGCAGCAGCCACCGCCGCAGCAGGAAAGGAGCAAGCCAAGCUAUCACGCUCCCGAGCCCAAACCCCACUAUGAACCUGCUGACAGAGCUCGUGAGGUGGAAGAUAGAUUUAGGAAAACUAACCACAGCUCCCCUGAAGCCCAGUCUAAGCAAACAGGCAGAGUAUUGGAGCCACCAGUGCCUUCCCGAUCAGAGUCUUUUUCCAAUGGCAACUCCGAGUCUGUGCAUCCUGCCCUGCAGAGAUCAGCGGAGCCACAGGUACAGUGGUCCCACCUGGCAUCUCUCAAGAACAAUGUUUCCCCUGUCUCGCGAUCCCAUUCCUUCAGUGACCCUUCUCCUCCCAAAUUUGCACACCACCAUCUUCGUUCUCAGGACCCAUGUCCACCUUCCCGCAGUGAGGUGCUCAGUCAGAGCUCUGAGUCUAAGUCAGAGGCGCCUGACCCCACCCAAAAGGCUUGGUCUAGAUCAGACAGUGACGAGGUGCCUCCAAGGGUUCCUGUGAGAACAACUUCUCGCUCCCCUGUUUUGUCCCGUCGGGAUUCCCCACUGCAGGGCAGUGGACAGCAAAAUAGCCAAGCAGGACAAAGAAACUCCACCAGUAUUGAGCCCAGGCUCCUGUGGGAGAGAGUGGAGAAGCUGGUCCCCAGACCUGGCAGUGGCAGCUCCUCAGGGUCCAGCAACUCAGGAUCCCAACCUGGGUCUCACCCUGGGUCGCAGAGUGGAUCCGGGGAACGCUUCAGAGUGAGAUCAUCAUCUAAGUCUGAAGGGUCUCCAUCUCAGCGCCUUGAAAAUGCCGUGAAAAAGCCUGAAGAUAAAAAAGAAGUGUUCAGACCUCUCAAACCUGCUGGCGAAGUGGAUCUGACUGCACUGGCUAAAGAACUUCGGGCGGUAGAAGAUGUGCGGCCACCUCACAAAGUGACGGACUACUCCUCGUCGAGUGAGGAGUCGGGGACAACCGAUGAGGAGGAGGAUGACGUAGAGCAAGAAGGGGCCGACGAGUCCACCUCAGGACCAGAGGACACCAGAGCAGCGUCAUCUCUGAAUUUGAGCAAUGGUGAAACGGAAUCCGUGAAAACCAUGAUUGUCCAUGACGAAGUGGAAAGUGAACCGGCCAUGACCCCAUCCAAGGAGGGCACGCUAAUUGUCCGCCAGAGUACAGUUGACCAAAAGCGUGCCAGCCAUCAUGAGAGCAAUGGCUUUGCCGGUCGCAUUCACCUCUUGCCAGAUCUCUUACAGCAAAGCCAUUCCUCCUCCACUUCCUCCACCUCCUCCUCCCCAUCCUCCAGCCAGCCGACACCCACCAUGUCCCCACAGACACCCCAGGACAAGCUCACUGCUAAUGAGACUCAGUCCGCUAGUAGCACACUCCAGAAACACAAAUCUUCCUCCUCCUUUACACCUUUUAUAGACCCCAGAUUACUACAGAUUUCUCCAUCUAGUGGGACAACAGUAACUUCUGUGGUGGGAUUUUCCUGUGAUGGAAUGAGACCAGAAGCCAUAAGGCAAGAUCCUACCCGGAAAGGCUCAGUGGUCAAUGUGAACCCUACCAACACUAGGCCACAGAGUGACACCCCAGAGAUUCGGAAAUACAAGAAGAGGUUUAACUCUGAGAUUCUGUGUGCUGCAUUAUGGGGAGUAAAUUUGCUUGUUGGUACAGAGAGUGGCCUGAUGCUGCUGGACAGAAGUGGCCAAGGGAAGGUAUAUCCUCUUAUCAACCGAAGACGAUUUCAACAAAUGGAUGUACUUGAGGGCUUGAACGUUUUGGUGACAAUAUCUGGCAAAAAGGAUAAGUUACGUGUCUACUAUUUGUCCUGGUUAAGAAAUAAAAUACUUCACAAUGAUCCAGAAGUUGAGAAGAAGCAGGGCUGGACGACUGUAGGGGAUUUAGAAGGCUGUGUACACUAUAAAGUUGUAAAAUAUGAAAGAAUCAAAUUUUUGGUAAUUGCUUUGAAGAGUUCUGUGGAAGUCUAUGCGUGGGCACCCAAGCCAUAUCACAAGUUUAUGGCCUUUAAGUCAUUUGGAGAAUUGGUACAUAAGCCAUUAUUGGUGGAUCUCACUGUUGAGGAAGGCCAGAGGUUGAAAGUGAUCUAUGGAUCCUGUGCUGGAUUCCAUGCUGUUGAUGUGGACUCAGGAUCAGUCUAUGACAUUUAUCUACCAACACACAUCCAGUGUAGCAUCAAACCCCAUGCAAUCAUCAUCCUCCCCAACACAGAUGGAAUGGAGCUUCUGGUGUGCUAUGAAGACGAGGGGGUUUAUGUGAACACAUAUGGAAGGAUCACCAAGGAUGUGGUUCUGCAGUGGGGAGAGAUGCCCACGUCCGUAGCAUACAUUCGAUCCAAUCAGACAAUGGGCUGGGGAGAGAAGGCCAUAGAGAUCCGAUCUGUGGAAACCGGUCACUUGGAUGGUGUGUUCAUGCACAAAAGGGCUCAAAGACUAAAAUUCUUGUGUGAGCGCAAUGACAAGGUGUUCUUUGCCUCUGUUCGGUCUGGUGGCAGCAGUCAGGUUUAUUUCAUGACCUUAGGCAGGACUUCCCUUCUGAGCUGGUAGAAGCAGUGUGAUCCAGAGAUUGCUGGCCUCCGGAGUCUUCAAGAUCCUGAGAACUCGGAAUUCCUUGCAACUGGAGCUCGGAGCUGCACCAAGGGGAACCAGGACAGCUGUGUGUGCAGACCUCACGCGUUGGGUUCUUUCUCCCUUCCUUCCUUUUCCUUUGUUACCAGUUUAUCCCCGUUUUUUUUUCUUACUCCAAAAUAAAUCAAGGCUGCGAUGCAGCUGGUGCUGUUCAGAUUCUACCAUCAGGUGCUAUCAGUGUUUGGGAUUGAGCAUCAGACUGGAAAGCCAACACCUUUCCUGCAGCUCCAGAAUUCCUUGUCUCUGAAAGACUCUGUCUUGUGGGUGUCUGACAGUGGCGACAAUGAAAUGCCAUUGGUUUUAUUUGGCAAUGGGCACAAGGAGGUGAGAAAUGGUGGUCAAAGGAGCAGUUGGCUGAAGCAAAGAGCAGAUUUAAUAUAGUAACAUUAACAGUGUAUUUAAUUGCCAUUUCUUUUUUGUAAUGUGACAAUAUGUGGACAAAGAAGAAGGUGCAGGUUUAAGAAGUUAAUAUUUAUAAAAUGUGAAAGACAGUUAAUAGGAUACUUUUUUGUGGGUGGGACUUGGGAGAUGGGGUGGGAUGGGUUAAGGGGUCCCAUUUUGUUUCUUUGGAUGGGGGCGGGGGGUCCUGGCCAAUAUCCCAGUCAUUUUUCUGUGUACCAGGUUUUGCCUAAGUCAUGUGGAGAUGGUUCUUUUAAAAAAAAAAAAGAAAAAAGAAAAAAUGUGUGCAUUUUGUAUAAUGGCCAGAACUUUGUUGUGUGACAGUAUUAGCACUGCCUCAGUUAAAGGUUUAAUUUUUAUUUAAACCUAGAAGUGCAACAACAGAUUUACCACAGUCUGCACUGGCAGAAGAAAAAAAAAUUCAAACCACAUGUUUAUUUUUUUGCCUACCUCGUUGUUUUUAAUACAUUGAGAGGUGAUUUAGUUUAUAUGUUUGGGGAGGAAACCAUUGAUGUUUAAUUUAAUCUUAAUACCAAAACUAUCAGAUUGAAGUUUGACUGUUACUGUCACAAAUCUCAGCAGGCACAAGAAGAAUUGUCCGUGAAGAUGGGAAAUAGCCUGCCUUAACGGCUGAUGCAAUUUGCUUUCUAAGUUUAGAAAGCAGAAAGCUUUAUUUUCACCAGAUUCACCCCUAGAGGCUGAUGGAGCGGCUGCAGCCCAUGACAUGAGAUCUCAUUGUUCUCGAUUUGGGGUUUGGAAGCAGACAGGUGGUUACAUUUAGAAUAGUCACACAAACUGUUCAGUGUCGCAGGAACCUUUUCUUGGGGGUGGGGCAUUUCUCUUUUCUAAAAAUGCAAUGCACUAAAACUAUUUUAAGAAUGUAGUUAAUUCUGCUUAUUCAUAAAGUCAGCAUCUUCCUGUGUUUUAGGUGUAAUAUCAGAGUCCUGACUUUUCUCGUUUUCUCACUUGCUCUCUUGUUCUCUGUUUUUUAAACCAGUUUUACUUUAUGAAUAUGUUCAUGACAUUUGUAAUAAAUGUCUUGAGUAAGAAUCUGCUUCAUGGUUUCAUGGUCAUCACUCCGCUCCCCUAAGGGUAUCAAUGGAUGUCUUGGUAAAGGAGUAAUGUUCCGUGUCACAGUUCUGCCGUCUUGUUGAGAUCUAAGUGGGAAUGUUGCGUGACAUUGCUUUAACCUCCGUCACAGAAGUUUGUUGUUUCGUUGGCUUAAUCUUCCUCCUUGGUGAUUAAUUUUCUUUGAUAUCAUGAAGAUGGGGUUUUUCCUGUUUUUUCCCCAAACAGAACAGCCAUUUGUACCUGUUUGCUUCCACUCCCUUGGUGCCCUCUCUGACCACUGUCAUUCUCUUCCUCCCAGUUAGCAUGUUUGCCAAAGGCUCUCCUUUGAACCACAGAAAUCUAGUAAAAACAUACAUUCACAAAUGCAGACAAAACAGCAGGUUGUACACACGAGAUAAGCUGAGAAAGCCUUACUCUUCUGAGAGGGACAAGGAGAUGGAGAGGGAUCUUUGAUUUGCGUGAUUUUGGAGUAGUGCUAAAAGCCAAAGCCAGAAAUAGCUGGUUCUUUUUACUAGUUUGCAGUUAACCUAGAGAAGAUUGAAAAGAUAAUCUCACCUUUGAAAGGGACUGGAGGCAGUCUGGCUCCCAUCGCCAUAGGACUUUAGUCAGAACGAAAGUCCUGUUGGUUUUUCUCAUGUGUUUCAUAAGGUGAAAUGUGCCACUGUGAACACACACAAGUACGGGUCAAGAGGAAGAAGAAAGGCACGGUAGAUUUUGGCCUCAGCCCUGGCUUUAGAGGACGAUGACAGGUGGGCAGAUAUCUCUGAAGAAACACUCGACGGCUGAUGCCAGUAGUAAGCACGAAUGAAGGAUGUGGCGGUGUAGUCUUAUCGAUUCAGACUUGCAACUCCGUGUCUGUGAGUCAAGCAGUGUUGUGGAAAUAAUACAAAUGGUGUUUCGCUGAAAUUACUGAAGAAUUACUAAGAACUUGACAGAAACAGGCUCUCCCUUAAGUGGUGAUGGAAUCCAGCUCAAGCCGAAUUGUGCCUGUCUUACUUGCACAGUGCUGGGUACCCAGUGGGCGCUCUCAGUGUGGGAGGUGAUCUCAGUUGAAUCCAUUACUGGGCUUGGUUUACAAAGUGGGUAGCCCUCUGUCCUUCUGGGCGUCUCCUGGGGUGUCCUUUGCUUAGCUUUUGUAUCUUCCUUUCCUUCUUGGCCUCACCACCUUGUAAACCAGAGUGAAUUGCUACAGCGUGAUGCAGGUGCCCAGUGAGGUUUCUCCACAGAAGAUUGUGAACUGUUGAAAUUUUUCAGAUUCUUUUAGGGAAGGAAUGAUUUUUCUCCCCCCUUUUUACAGGGUAGUGAAUUAUCCACAGAAGUGCCAAUACGGCAGAAUUACAAAAGAAAGCAGUAUUAUGAUGAUACCAUUACAUACGGAACAUUGAACUCUUAGAGCAGCGCUCUUCAAAGCAAAACACAAACGUGUCUCUAGGUUUAGUCAAAGCUUUAAUAAGUAAUACUUUUCUGUAUUUAAAUCAAAGUAACCCUUUCUGUAUUGAGUGCAGUGUUUUUACUUUUUUCUCAUGCACAUGUUAUGUUGGAGAAAAUGUUUACAAAAAAAGUUUUGUUACACUAAUGUGCAUCACAUAUUUAUGAUUUAUUUUAAGUGACUUAUGGGUUAUUUAGGUUUUUGUCUUAGUUGUAGCACAUUUAUGGUGAUUCAUAAUCCCUAAUUUUGCCAAUUAUAAAUUUGCUAAAUAGUAAUACAAGUGACAAACUGCAUUACAUUUACUAAUUUACAAUUUUAUUAAAGCUGCAAAGCAGACUGGUGGCAAGUACACAGCCUUUUUUUUUUUUUCCUGCAGUGCUAACUUGUCUACUGUGUAUUAUGAAAAUUACUGUUGUCCCCACCCCCCAUUUCCAUAAAUAAAGUAAAAAUGACACCUA